CCCAAGGAGAGCAAGCAGGACGAAGGCGGAGCCACGGCAAACCCGACGGGGAAUAGACAGAGCAGCAGAAAUGGCUCGAGCGGCCGGAGGUGGAGGGGUACCGCUGCUGCGCCGCCUCCUCUCGCAGCUCUCCCAGUCCCAGUCUGCGCAGUGGGCUACGCACCGACCCCAGAAACCCGCGGCUUCCUACAGCACAGCCAUAACCUCAGCUAAAGUAGAAGUGAAUGGUGUCCACUUGCAUUAUCAACAAACAGGAGAUGGAAACCAUGUAGUUCUGCUGCUUCCCGGCAUGUUAGGGAGUGGUCAGACUGAUUUUGGACCACAGCUGAAGACUAUGAACAAGCAGCUCUUCACAGUCAUAGCCUGGGACCCUCGGGGAUAUGGAAAGUCUAUCCCACCAGAUCGAGAUUUCCCUCCAGAUUUCUUUGAAAGAGAUGCAAAAGAUGCUGUUGAUUUGAUGCAGGCACUGAAAUUUAAGAAGUUCUCUUUGCUGGGAUGGAGUGAUGGUGGAAUUACGGCACUUAUUGCUGCUGCCAAAUAUCCAAAUCUGAUCCACAAAAUGGUGGUAUGGGGAGCCAAUUCCAGUGUUACUGAGAAGGAUGUGGAACUUUACAAUGCUAUUCGUGAUGUUUCAAAAUGGAGCGAAAGAGCUAGAAAGCCAAUGGAAGAAAUGUAUGGACAUGAAUACUUCAGCAAAACCUGUGAAGCCUGGGUAGACGGAAUAUCUCAGUUUUUAUACCAACCAGGUGGUAGCAUUUGUCAGUCGUUGCUAACUCAUAUCAAGUGCCCAACAUUAAUCAUACAUGGGGAGAAAGACCCACUGGUACCACGCUUUCACCCAGAAUAUCUUCACAAACAUAUCAGAGGCUCACAGUUGCAUCUUAUGCCAGAAGGAAAACACAAUUUACACUUGCGCUUUGCAGAAGAGUUUAACAGAGUGGCGAAAGAGUUUCUUCUAUAGGAUGUGAAGCCUAUGAAAGUUAUAGUAUUUUUGUACUUGUUGCUUGGCCCUUCCCAGUCACUGGCUUGGUAGGGCCAGUUUUAUGUGUUCAUGGUGGAAGAGGCAAUUUGCAGGUUUUCAUUUGUUGUCAUCCAAGGUAAUAUGUAGUUUUCCCAUGAAGACAGUUUCACUACAAAGUUGCCCUAGUUUCCUAUUUUGACUACAUUAAGAUUAAAGUCUGCCAUUGGCUAA